CAUUCGUUGAAUUUUAAUUUUCAUCUUAAAUUGAUUGAUUUGGUUUCCCUGCAACUUUUUGGGUACUAGCCUGAAGUCGAGCAGGAAACAAAAUUUAAAUUUCGUAAAACAUUUUGGAUAUCCUCAAUGCAGUCCGAAUAAGCAUAAGUAAGACAUGAUUACAGAACUCCAGCAAUCAUACAAGGUUGACCUUUAUCCGGAUUAUUUGAUUCAAGUUGCUUUAUGCAAUAAUGUUACAAAUACCAGUUAUUUGCGUGAAAAAUGCCUCAAAGGUGAAUUUAAUUGUGCUAUUCUUAGCACUGCUCUUAUACCUGAUAUUUUUCCUGUUCUAAUUUCUUGUAACAAAUCAGUUCACUGCUUUACAGAAUCCUCUAUGAAAACGCGUAAUAUACACACUGAAAUUAUGUUAAAUUUGUCAUCUUCAAAUAGUAUCAAAGAUUCCUUAAAGUUAUUCGGCGCCAAUGAUACCGACUCUAAACUUCUUUUUGUGAUGGUAUCUAAAAAAGAAGAGCAAGAUAAAUUUUGUGAAAUUUUAAAUGAAAUAAAAGGUAAUUUUGUUGUUGUUUCUGAAUUAUCAAACAUGUGUGAUUAUAACAGUACAAAAAAACAUUACAAGAUUUCCGAUGACGAGUUGUCAGCUAGUAAUUUUAAAAACGCCAUUUCUAUGAGAAUUGCUUCAAAAGAUGUCUAGCUUUGAUUUUUCAAAAAAUGUUGCCCUGGUUUAUUGAAGAUGUCUAACCUCGGUGUUACUGAUAAAGAUCAUUAGAGAUUAGUGUAAGGAUUAAAGCAUGAUUAUAUUACCAUGUCACUAUUACAUUCUAUUAAAUUACUAAAAGUUUUGUUGACGUUUAUUUCAAUUUUUAUUUUACUUUUGUUUUUAUUUGUACUGUUGAUAUUUGACAAACUAUUUUGAGCUUUCUAUA